AUGAACUGCUCCGAAACACCAACACCCUACGAAAUCUACAACUUCUUCAUAAACCUCCGCGACUCACUCCCGGACGAUAGUGACUACACAGACCUACUCGCCACCCUCUUUAUCCCCAAAGAAGUAAUGCCCACUUCAGAGUUGCUACAAAACGUGCUCCCGCACUUCCGUCGCGCCUCAAACCCUGGGCUAUUCACCACCUUCCAAGUAAUCAUGCGCAACGCGGAAAGUAACCCCACGUUCGAGAGCACGUUUAUGCGUGUGUGCGAGUCGUUGGAAGUGUUGGAGAAAGUCGAAGCGGCGUUACUGUAUAAUAAAAAGUUGUUUGAAGCCUAUUUGCAAGCGUUGCAACUGGAUAAUGUCUCGGCCAGUCAUGAACAGGUUAUGAACAGUUUGCAAAGGUUUUUGAAUGAGAGGUGUACCCCGAGUACUAGGUUGCGUGUGCAGAAAGUUUUCGCGGAAGAGAGUGCCGCUGACGAGCUCGGAUUAAGCAACGAAGUUCUCGAAACAGCCGCAUCAAUACUCAAUGACGACGCACUUUACAUUCGAAUCCUCGAGACACUCCAGUUAAACUACCGCGAAAACCUCGCGUGGAACGGCGUCGUCGAUCGCAUAAAAAAGAUUGUGUUGGAGAAGAAACCGGCCGUGUGGGUCGUUUUUGAGAAUUUCUUGGAUGAUUUUCAUCCGAGUGGACGGCAAGAUCAUACCGUUUAUUACCCACUACCCGAAGCAUACCAACAGCAACAAAACUACCACACUAAAGACCUCGCCACUAACAACAACAAUGACUACGCUGUUUUCUGCGAACAUUCUGUCAUGACUAAUGGUACGGGUGGAGACAGUAAAGAUAAACGAGAAGUAAAUGGCGGUGCCACUAUCGUCGAGAUGCCACAGCAGCAGCCGCGUGAGGUUUUGGGAUCUGUGUAUUAA